AGAGGAAAGGGAGCCCCGGCAUUCUUCACGCUAGCAUCGCAUGCCAUAUGCUCCGAUCCCGGAACUAAGAGGAAGAUCGAGCCCGCCGCUAGGUCACAGUAUUUGCUCGAAUAAAAGACGAUCGGAAAAUCAUUCCCGGCAUUUCUGACCCGUGUGCCAUCGAAGAAAGAAGAAGACUAAAUGACCAGGAUCUCGCAAGAAAUGACUAUGGCAAGUUUCCGCACCGAGUCGACAACUGCAGUGUCAAGUGGCCGGAGAGUUUUCCGUACCAAUCCGAGCUCGUGGCCGCUCGUCCUGUGCCUGUUCAUCUCGGCACUGUGGUGGGCCUCGGCGGAAGAAAUCGUGACUACAAAUGGUGGCUGGUGCCGCUUGGCCUGCGCUGAACUGCGAUACCACAACUUCAGCAUCGCAACUGCUCGGCUCAUGAAGGACGUUGCCAGCAGGUUCAGCUCUGCAUUGCCGCGAAAGGACCUCACUUUGAAUGUAACACCUCACGCCGUCAAGCCAGACUGUUCGAGCACCAGCGCUACCCCUGGUCAAUCUGUGUUCUUCUACAAGGUGAAGAUCUCCAGUGCACAUCCACACCUGCAAGCUGUCGACAGUGUCAUGCUGCGGCUGCCAUACUACAGGACCCGAACGCGGUGCCGUCCGUUUCUCGAGAUCUUCACGCCGGCAUCGGCUACGUCUCGCUACUGCACCGGCAGCAGCUUACGCCUGGCCGAUGAGGCGACGACGCGGACAAGCGGAGGCAGGACCACCGAGGAGUUCAACCUGACCGAGAGCUGGCUCAAGUCGUCGGCUCUCUAUCAGAAGUUCCUGCACAAGCAAAGUCACGUGUACCUAGCAGUGUACUACAAUGACACGCUUACAGACACCGGUACGGAGGCCAGGGAAACAUCCGACCCUGGCCGGAUAACAUUCUCAUUCCGUUCACCAGUGCAAGAGGCAACCCCGGAUCCAAAGGCAUGCUUGAUUAACGGCCACAUCCUGGAGGCCGCCAGUACUGUCGAAGGACAUAUGCGACAAUGUCAAUCAGGCUACCCAACCAGCGACACCGUUCAUGUUACAGUGGACUUGCAGCAGAAAUUCCGAGCAUUUUUCGGCACCAGCAUCAACAUCAAGCCGAGCAGCUUCAUAUACAAGAUCAAGCUGCCCAACUGUGUCAGCCCGAAACUUCAAGGAAAUUGGAUUGGCCAGAUUGAUCGUUGGGGCAAAACCGGCGUCUUGAACGAUAUUCUGCCAUUUGUACGGGAAACGAACUACAGGUCUUUCUUGUUCCCCAUGUGCGAGCAAUGCUCCCAGACAUUUGCCUUCAAUGUAAGUUUUGACAACACGCUCGAAAGGCUGGAGCAUACCUUCCAGUACACGGUUGGACGGCAAUGCUUUAAGUAACGCUGCGGUGCAGCACUGCAAAAGUCAGCACACUGCUCCAGCAGCCAGCCAAAUGCCAGCCCUCCCCCCCCCCCCCUACUACCACUACUGCCCAGCAACGGUAACCAUAGUGGCAGCAGUGGCAGCAGGACACUGUACAGUACUUGAAUGAGUAUGCAAUGUUACCUGCAAUGUACUCACACUGCUUGUCUGACUACCCAAGGUUCAUAUUGGCCGGAAGAACUCUGGAUGAGCUUGAUACACGAUUUCCUUUGACGAAUUUGAUGACGCUAGUAGUAGUACCGAACCUGUGCAACACUUCACACUGUAGCCCAGCUUUCUGUUGAGCACCUAACCGUCUUUUCCACUAGGCAUGGCGUGCAUGGCACUGUAUUGACACCUGCUUGCCACCAUCGUUGAGAAAUUUGUGAAGCCAAGACCGGGUUUUGUGAUGAAGCCGAGACCGAAGGUCAGCAGAGCAUCCCAGACCACACCACCACUCCCCGUAUUCAUGGCUCACACAUGACGGGUUUACAUGGCUCUAGUAAAAAAUAUUUAAAAAAUGCAAAGGGGAGCUGUUUUGUUUCCAUGACACCCCAGGCUAGCGGCCGUCCGAUCCUGAGUCUCACAAGCCGUCACUACGUAUACCCAACAUCCAUAUUAUUUGAUGUGACAAAGGGAAGCGAGUUUACGGCGGAGUGAAACAAACACAGCUGCUGCAACAGCUAGCAAGCAGCUAAGGCUUGUCAUGCAUGGCGUGCAAGUACUGGUUAUGAUUGUACCCCAGUGUUGCCUUGGUUACUACUACGGAUAUCUCCAGCACCAUGGGCCGGCAAGAGAGUCGGUUCUCCUCUGCGCAUAAAGUAGAAGGUUUUGCCAGAAUGGUCUGCUGGCCAGGCGAAUGCUGAUUUCCAGAGUUCUUGCCUUUUGCUACGGUGUGUGUGCACACAACAUCAUGUUUAGUUAUUCUCUUGGUAACACAGUUUCAGAUGCCUCACCUGCAUGUGACCUGCAUGUGAUCUACAUGGGGCAUUGACGUUCCCUUGGCCCUCUGGCCCAGUUCUACUAUAUGUACACUGCAAGUGUCUACUACGAUCUUGAGGCGAAAUAAGAAGGUAAAAUAAUCACUACAUGGAUGAGAAACUCGAUGGUUGAAAACACCGACAAGCAGAGUUUGGUCAUACCAUUUCAGUUUUCCUUCUUAUUGUGUGAGCAUAAUGCUACACUUCAAGGUCCCGUUCUUCAUAACUUACUUCAAGCUCUCUUGUUUGUUCUGUUCAUGCUAAGCCAACUUUGCCUGGGCACGCAGUA